UGUGCCAUUCAUGGGUGACGUAGGGUGCCAUGGAAGAUGGGCAGGGAUUCAGUUUAGUAUCAGCUGGUCUAAAUAACAGCAACACUUUGUCCGCUACCUUCCUGCCAUAAACGAGCUUUAGUUGAAUGUGUAAAGCUUGCAGACAACAUGGCACGACUACGGAAAGACGUCCGACGACUCAGAGUCCUCAAAUGACAACAAGUCUAGUGGCAGCAGACUGUACCACAGUCUGCACACCUACGACAUUCCUUGAGGAAUCAAACAUAAACUUUUCCACCGCAUCCUUCGGCUUCCUCUGCGAAGCACCCGGAAGGACCAUCCGGUUCCUCCAUGUCGACCACCCGCUUCCCCGGGAAGGGGGGAGACGACGUGGCCAUGGGAGCGAAUUUCAGCAACCCGACCCUGAGCGGGCCGUUCUGCGUGAACGGGACGGGGUGGAUCCUGUACCUGCUGGAGGAAUGCGUGGACAACGUCUGGGAAUACUGGAGCGUCAUCAUAGGACUGAUCUCCAUGUUCUGUUUUCUUCUAUCCACUUUGCCUCAGGUGUACGAGGCCAACCGUAAUGGUAAGGUUGAAGAGGCCAUGUCUUUUGGAUUCCUGUUCUUUCUCUUCAGUGGAGACCUUACCAGUUUUGCUGGCUGCUACCUCACUAGCCAGCUACCUAUACAGAUGGUCACAGUGGUGUUCUACAUGUUCACUGAUAUGGUCCUUUUCUCCCAGUACCUCUACUACAAGAUCAAGAACAGCUCCACCAGAGAAAACCCUCACCUUAAAUGGGCGUGCCUCUUGUGGUGUGGGUCUGCCAGCCUUUUUUUCCUUGUCCUCCCCAAACUAAUCACGGACGACAACGCCUCCUUAGAUACACAGAGUCACGACAAGUCCCACACGAUGGAGAUGAGUGGCUACGUCUGUGGAUACCUGGCUUCCAUCUUCUACCUCUCCUCCCGUUUCCCGCAGCUUCAUAAAAACUUCCGGCGACACUCAACAGAAGGGACGUCCUACCUGCUGUUCGCCCUGGCCAUGAUGGGCAAUGGGACCUACGGGCUGAGUGUCAUCGUGGUCCUGCCUGCGCUCAAGGGCUCCAGACGGGCUUUUCUUCUCAAACAUCUGCCCUGGCUCAUCGGUAGCCUGGGAGUCCUGGUCCUCGAUUUCUUUGUGACGGCACAGUUCAUCAUGUACAGGAAAAGCAAGCCGGCUAAGAAGAGCACCUCAUUGGUCAGAGUCCAGGAAGUAGAACCUCUGCUCUACGAGGAAGAAGAACUGUCUGCCCUAUAGCACACACAGCAAUGAACAAUCUACAAGAGCGGAACGCCCAUUUCAAUGCUUAAAAAAAGUGCCCUGCACAUUUUUGGGAACUUUUCAAAACCCCUCAUUUGAAUAGUGUUCAUUUGGUGGUUUUGAAAAAUGUAUAAUCCAAUCAAGUACUUAAAAAUGCCAAUAGCUAUUUAAGACUGUUACAGCAUAUGCAGCAUUUCAUUUUUUUGACACUGGUAGGGAAUCUUUCCUUUGGAGACGUAUUUAUUUCCAUUUUUGUACUUUUAACUAACUCUUUACUUCUGUACAAUUAACAGAUUAUUUUAUUGAUUCCUUUGGGAUUGUACACACACCCCUAGGAUGAUGCUUCAUGCCAGAUAUCCCAUGACAUGAGAAUCCCCCGUUGAAAACUCUUACUGAGCUUUGAUUGUUGGGUGAGACAUCAGUGUUUAAAUCAAGACAAUGUUGACAAUAGAAGGCCAUAUAGUAGUAUAUGCUCCAUCUGCAGGAGACGGAUGACAAUGAAUGCUUUGGAAUCUGGUCAAUUUAAAUACCGCUGGUAUUUUUGUCAUGUGUUAUAAUAUGUGUCUAUCUAUCAUAAUGGUAGGCUACCAUGUACGGCAAUAUUAACUUCAUUCAUACCAAUUCAUGAUAUAACGUAUUAAGAGAAAAGGUUGAGUGUUUUUGGCUUGGUAGUCUCUGCUGCUUCUGUUGAACACACACGCCAGCUUUUAUAAUGCUAUAAUGCUCCCCUCUAGGGAAGACUCCAGGCUAAGGAGUAAAACCUGACAUACAGGAACGUAUGCCCAAGCCAUUGUGUCAUAUGCAUUCUUGAUGUCGGCUGACAAUGAUGAGGAUAGGUACCCCUGAAUGCCAUUUGUCUCUCUCUUAACUGUCUUUAGCGCACAUUCAUGGCUCCCAGCUUUCUACCAUGUAGUUUGUGUACACUGAGCUGCAGAAGCCCCUAUCGUCUGUGCCUUUUUUUUUAAAUAUUUUAAUUGUGCAUUCCAUGGGCUGCAUGCAUCCAAUGUAAUGCCGCCCUGAAAACAUGUAUAUUGGAUGUCUACCUUUUAUAUUGUCAAUCUACGCUUUCAAUGGUGUGUUAUCUCAAGUCGGUCUCUGGAGCUGUGGGCUGAGUAGAAACAAGCUUUACUUUUUUGUACUUUAUCUGAUCGACAUUUGCUGAUACAAUAAUAAAUUCAAAAAUGUGCAUAGAUUAAGGAAAUGCGGUUGUGAGCUAUCUUUCACCGUUUAUAUCCACUCUGCACCGGCAUUACAUUAUUUAUAUUUUUAGGUUGGAGGCUUUUCAAAGAAUAGCAACAUGAACCUUGUAAAGAAUGGAUUAUCACAAAUAGUUGGGAAAUCCUUGCACAGUUGACUUUUUCUGCUUUGUCAUCACACUGGGGGAAUAAUAGUGUGCCUUUAUUAAUGUCUUCAAUUUUACCUUCAAAUAUCUUUGGGAUUGUGUCAUAGGUGACCUUGCCUACUGAAUAACUAAAUUGGAAAGCAGCUGUCUCUACCUCAUUUAUGUCGAUGGGGUGGUUCAUUUGCCUUGUGUGUACCCUGUUCAUCUUAGGGAAGUGAAUUACUCAUUACUACACGGAAACUAAGAAAAAAUGGAUUUAAAGUUGGAACCUCAUUUCAUCGAUAAGACUAAGAUAAUGUUGAUAUCUUGGUGCAAAAUUCAAUUAUUAUUUGUAAUAUAAGAUACAUGAUAUGAUAAAUAAAGAUUGCUUUGGAUUUUGUGAAGACUUUUAAUACCAAUGUGUUGUACCAAGGUAUUUUUGUAUGGUUUUCGAAAUUAUUGAAUUACUGACACUUUCUUUGAUCAUUUGGAUUCCUGUUAACAGCUUCUAACUCUUUAAUGAGUUCGUGGGCAUUUUUGAUAUGUUUAAUAUUUUGCUUUAUAAUGUUUUCAUAUUAACUAUGGUAGGCCUAUAAGCCGGCAAUGUAGGCUAAUUGCUCUUCACAAAAUCUUUCAUUUGUCAUAGAGUUGUAACGAUGUAUGUUAUUUUUGGGUGUAAAGUACAGCAUAGUUAUGUUAUUCUACUAUGUACACAACCUCAAUAAAGUACAAUAUACUCUUCCAACUGUGGCUCUCCUAUUGAGGAACAACAAUUUAAUGGUAAGAAAUACACACAUCAUUACCAUCUAGGACAGAGUUCUGGGCGCCAGAGAGAAACCACUGAGAAACACGACGGGAAUUAAAUAGCGACCUCAUAACUCUCCCGACAUAAACAGCACGAACACGAUUUAGGGA